AUGCCGUGCCUUCUGCAUUCCCUGGUCCCGAUUGCGGCUCUGCUAUGCACAGCAAGCGCCGCGCUGUACGAUCAAAAGAUCACAACUAGCUAUGGUCCAGUGCAAGGCUACGCUGCUUUCAACAGUAGCCCUACUGGGGUCAAUCUGGAGCACUGGAAAGACAUUGCCGUCUGGAAAGGAAUUCCUUUUGCUGCUACCACAGGAGGAAACAAUCGCUUCAAAGCCCCCCAGCCAGCCACACCAUGGAGUACGACUUUUGCUGCCAAAGAUUUUGGUCCUGUCUGCCCCCAGACAUUCCGAGCCGUGCCUGAUGGCUACACAGACUCUGAGGACUGCUUGAGCCUGAACAUUUGGAGCGCUGCCAACUCGACGGAUGCGAAGCUGCCCGUUAUCAUGUGGAGUUAUCCAGCUAUGUCGAGUGCUCGCGACGCUCUUUUCGAUGGCGGAGGCAUGGCUGAUAAAGGCGUCGUUUUUGUUAAUUACAAUUACCGGAACGGUAUUUUUGGCUGGCUUGCACACCCAUGGCUCUCAGCCGAGAUGAACGAAACGCACCAUACAAAUAGCUCUGGUAACUGGGCAAUUCUCGAUCAGAAUGCUGCUCUUAACUGGAUUGUUGAGAAUAUUGCGGCGUUCGGAGGAGAUCCUGAACAUAUUACAGUGAUGGGCCAGUCAGCCGGUUCGGCCGCCACCUACCAUAUUGUGAAUAGCCCGUUGACCAAGGGACUCAUCGUUGGCGCCAUAAUCGAAUCUGGUGUUCGCGACCCUAAAGAUCCUUUGAGUUCCAGCCUUGCCGAGACUACCGUAGUCUCGACGUGGCCCUGGAAAAUGCUCCGUGCGUUGAACUACUCUACCUUCGCCCAGGAAGAUGAUUUCGGAGCGGUCCUGGAUUACUACGCUGUGCCGGAUACAUACAUGAACACCCUGAUUAACGGAGCAGCCAAUGAUGUGCCCAUUAUGACUGGAAACACUAGAGAUGAAAGCGGUGCGACAUACGGCCUUAAUAUCACCCUCGCUACCUACUUAGCAGACAUGAACACCACCUUUGGCGACUGGACAGACGAGUUCUUGACUAUUUACAGUGCGAAUGAUAGCACCUCAGCUUCGGCGGCAUACAAUCGGCAGUGGUCAGACCGCUCCGCCGUGGGUACUUGGUUAUGGUCGCAGCUGUGGGCUACGGCUUCCGACAAGCCGGUGUACAACUACUUCUGGGAUCACGCGCCGCCUGGACAAACCCAGGGUGCUUAUCACGAAUCUGAGAUCAAUUACGUGCUUAACAACCUGUACGACACAGAUUUGCCCUGGGUUGCGGAAGACUACGAGAUCGCCAGUACCAUGAAUGCUUACUGGGUCAACUUCAUCAAAACAGGAAAUCCAAACGGGGGAAAUCUCACAUAUUGGCCUGCCAGCAACGCCAACAGCAGUGUUGUCCAGCAAGUUGGUGAUGGCUGGGGCCAGACCUCUUUGGCCAUAUCCAAGGAAGCAGUAGCUCUCUUUGAGAAAUGGUUUGAUGCUUUAGAGACUGUGUAUUAA